AAUUUGUGUUUUGUGUGUUACUGUAGUUAAUUUAGUGUUAUUUCUAUUUUGGGCUUGAACUUUGAGUCUUAUCAAGUACGGCAAGUACCUAUUGACAAUAAAUAGAUUAUAGAAGCAUAAACAGGCAGUAACAGAACACGGACAAUUUGUUUUCGCUAAUGAUAAGUGAUAACAUUAUCAACACAACGAUCAACGUCAUUAGCCACUGUAACUAAGAUAAAUUGAGGAAUUCUGCAAUCUACAUUAAUUGUAGCAACCUAUAAGGAAUAAAAGCUACUCUAUCCCUAUUAAAAAUGUCGUUAUCCAAACCAAUACUGAACUUGGUGGCAUCAUACUUGCAGAAUUUAUAUUUGCACCCUAUAAAAACCAAAGCUAUCACCAGCUGCGUGGUUGGCUCUGCAGGUAGCAUAGCAUCUCAGUUGGUUUCUGGUGACACUGUGAGACUUGAUCCAGUUCUGGCAUUUGGCUUAUAUGGGUUAAUAUUCGGAGGGACCAUUCCACAUUACUUCUAUGAGUUUGUCGAAAGAGUAUUCCCGCAUGAGACUGCUGCAUUCCCUCUGGCAAAGAAACUGUUGUUUGAGCGAUUGAUAUUCGCUCCCAUCAUGCAGGCAUUCUCUCUCUACACACUUGCAAGGUUUGAAGGCAAGAAUCAUAAUGCUGCCCUGAAACAGUUGAACGCUUUGUAUUUGACAGUGUUGGAAGCUAACUGGAAAUGGCUGACUUUGUUCCAGAUUAUCAACAUGGCUUUUAUACCUCCAAUGCUCCGAGUACUGUUCAUGAAUCUGGUUGGCUUCGGCUGGGCGAUGUUUGUGGCUUCAAAGAGGAGACAACAGACUAAAAAGAAGGAUUAAGUAAGAGACUGAUAGAGUUAUAGAGGGCUAUUGAUUUAUUACAUAAGAGUUUAAAAAAAUCAUCAAAAUUUUGUUAAAAUAUUAUCAGAGGAGAAAAAAGAUAAUAAUAAAACUGAUUUUUCUCUUCUACUGUCUAAAAAUAAUAAUACAUAAUCUCUUAAGUCAUAACAUAUUUUUUUAAUUUGGAAAGGAUGAUACUGAAGUGAUAAUUCGUCGACCUAUUUGAUGAUGUUAUUUUGUAAUAUCUUGUGUAGUGAACAAUUAGCCCGUAUAGAUGUUGUAACCAUGAAUUUGGUUGUAAACCAUUCCAACCAAGGCGUAAAAAUAAUUCACAACUAAGUAUGGAGAGCAUAUAUUUUAAGCCCUCAUUCGCACGAGAGUUUUUUUAACGGACGUUAAAAAGGAGUUCAAAUACAACAAAUGCAUUACCAAAUAUAUGUUCACAGCGUUUUUAAAACACGACGCUUUUUUUCGAGCAGUGUUGCAUUUACAAUUUUGGGCGUUGGAAAUAGACCUUCAUUUAACUUCAUACUAUAUUUGAACCCCUUUAUAACGUCCGUUAAAAAAACUCUCGUGCGAAUGAGAGCUAAGAAUUGGACAUGUUUUAAUUAUUUAAGUUAGUACUUAAAACUUCAGAAUAAGGCCACAAGGUUCCAUACAUUAACGCCUCUGCUAGGGAUAUAACUACAACCAAAUUAUAAGAUGGUGGUGGAUGCAAAAUAUAUUUUUAUAAAUGGGAGACUUAUUUUUAAAGUAUUUAAUCUGUAAUUGCAAAAUAGUGAUAUGAUAAGGACUUCUAACUUUGUUAUCUUCAUUGAUAAAAGUUGUUAUGGGCAUUAAUAAGGACAUUUUUAUUUUUUUAUUUAAAACAGUCAGUAACAGGUCCUUCAUAUAAUAUAAACCGUUUACCCAGAUUAAGCUUUCGUAGAAUGUACCUAUGCGUAACAUUGGCGCCGCAAGUUAGAAAUCUAAAGUUUGUGUUGAGGCAACAUUAAUGACUUUAGUGAAAUGUUCAUUUAAUAUCAAGUCAUUAUGUAGUUUAUGAGCACGCGGUCACUUACAAUCAUUGGCUUAUCUACGAUUAGAUUAUUUCCUAGAGUGGGCCUGCCCCCCAACGUCAAGUCUGUUAUUAAUAUCAUAAUAGGAUUCCAUAUCGGUAGCCCCAAAUCCUAGGGUGGGCGCAGGUCCAUUUUAGGGUGGGUACAGCCCACCCGCUAUAUACGCCUAUGCUUACAAAUCUUAGUUGGCCGACGAAGUCGCAGAGUAUACUAACAGGUAUAGCGAUAUACCGAUUAUGUACAGUUAAAAAGUUGCCCAACUAAAUUGUAAACAUUUGAAAUUUAGUUGUUCGAUAGUCGUCCAACUAAGAAUUGUAAAUGAGCGGGCUCUCGCAAGUUCACGAAAGCUAACGCCGGUCACAGACGAUCAAGUAUACCUACAGCGCUAAAAACUUUUUCCUUCAUCGUCUGUGACCGGCGUAAUAGACGGAGAGCCAGCGAUAGCUAGACCUUCGUCGUUUUUAAAAGCUGAAAGUUUCAAUCAACCCAUGAACCUUCUAUAAGUACCGUAACCAGCUAUGGAGUUUGGAACGUGGUGGCUUUGGGAGAUAGCAGGUUUCAAGGAUCCAGAGGCAACCGCCUAAGUAAAAAAACUAAAGUACCUAUAUUUUUAUCGGUUUAUAUAUAUGGGGAUAUCCCCAUUCCCCAUUCUCUAGACACUUGGCUCCAUGGGAACCCUUUGCUAAAUACCCUUGAAGUUACAAAUUAAAUAGUGGUUACAAAUUAAAUAGUGGUUACAAAUUAAAUAGUGUUUUUCGAAGGGUUGUCACGAAGCUAAGUGACUGGCGACUGGGAAUUUAAUUUCUCAUAUUAUUCCGAAGAAAACUUUAUACUUACGACGGUUGAGGUUUUGCUGGAACCUUAAAACCUGCUACCUCCCAAAGCCACCACGGUCCAAACUUCACUAUUGGGUACUGUACUCAAUAUGGUAGGAGCAUGAGCUGAAAAACUUCCAGCUUUUAUAAAAUGACGAAGGUCUGGGGUCCACAGGCUCUUAGUCUAUAAUUAAAGUAUACACCAGUGUGAAGAGAGAGGCCCUUAAAAAUACAUAACUUGUAUGUCUUAUUAAAAUCUACUUAUAAAUUGUGAUAUUUUUUGAGAAUGUAUACAUUCCUAUUGCCAUUGGUGCUGUUAAAAUUAAGGAAAAGGUGCAAUAAAAGGGCUCGAUAAAUAUUAGGUACUUUAUUUGACAACAGCAAAAAUCUAUUUUUCUGAUAUCUUAUAUUACAAUCGCAGUUAUCUAAUCGGCCAACUGUAAUUUUGUAUAAGUUGAUCGCACACUGUAAAAACGCGGCAUUUUUACUAAAGAAAAUCCUUGCCUAGUCCAUAGAAAAAAUAAAAUCGUUGCAGUCUUUGAUCAACUUAUAUAAAGCCUCAUUUACAUGAGGAUUUUUGUCUCGUGAAUACGUUACAUUUCAUGUAAAUGUUGCAUUUAAAUGUGAUGUUAAAACAAUAUCCUUUUUUGUUACUCUUAUAUUAAUUGUAAUAAAUUAUGUUAAUAAUCAUUA